CUUGACGCAACCUCUAUGUACCCAUCCGGGGCUUGCUGUUCUUUCGUGUUCCAUUCUCCAUACCAAACGACCUCCUUCAAAGUAAUUUAAUUGGAUGCGACAAAUUACUACUGAUUGGUGGCCAACGCAAUCCCUAACAUCAAGUCAAAGAGUGGAAAUGAGGAGAGGAAAUCCAGGUCACGUCGAAUAACUGAAGCAAAAGGAAAUGAAGAGUCCCGCAAACGUCACUGUAGAAGAACUUCACCCUGAGAAGCACAAUCCCGUCCACCUUAAACAGAAGGAGGAGCCAGACAUGCCGUUGAUCAAACAGGAGGCGGAGCCAGAGACCUCUGACAUCAAAGAAGAAAAACAGCAAAUUGAAAUCCUCAAUUUUCCAAUGGGUGUCGGUGUGAAGAGCGAAGAAGUCGAAGGACCAAGCGAAGAGAGCGGAGCAGCGAACCCUUUGAGCGACAGCUCAUUUCAGCACCAGACAACAAAAGGAGAGCAACCGGACGGCCUCUUAGCUCCGCUUUCGGACAGCGAUGACUUAACGUCACAUUCUUCUGACUUUAAUACUGAUGAGGAGGAGGAUGACUUUGACCAAAACGCUUCAAAAUCCUUAGACAAGUCAUCAUUUAAAAGAGACGCAAUGGAAGGCGUGGUUGGGAAAAGUUUUCCCUGCUCACUUUGUGAUAAAACAUUUCCUUGGAAAUGCUACUUAAAGGCACACAUGCGUAGACACACUGGAGAGAAGCCUUUUGCCUGCACACUUUGCGAUAAAAAAUACUCCAUGAAGGCAAAAUUAAACAUACACACAAGAACACACACUGGAGAGAAGCCUUAUGCCUGCACACUUUGUGAUAAAAAAUACUUUACAAAGGAAAAUUUAAAGUAUCACACAAGAACACACACUGGAGAGAAGCCUUUUGCCUGCACACUUUGUGAUAAAAAAUACUCCACGAAGGCAAAAUUAAACUAUCACACAAGAACACAUACUGGAGUGAAGCCUUUUGCCUGCACACUUUGUGAUAAAAAAUACUUGGAGAAGGCAGAUUUUAACCUUCACACAAGAACACACACUGGAGAGAAACCUUUUACCUGCACACUUUGUGAUAAAAAAUACUCCACGAAGGCAAAAUUAAACUAUCACACAAGAACACAUACUGGAGUGAAGCCUUUCGCCUGCACACUUUGCGAUAAAAAAUACUUUGAGAAGGCAGAUUUUAACCUUCACACAAGAACACACACUGGAGAGAAACCUUUUACCUGCACACUUUGUGAUAAAAAAUUCUCCACUAAGAGAAUAUUAAACAGUCACACAAGAACACACACUGGAGAGAAGCCUUUUGCCUGCACACUUUGUGGUAAAAGGUUCACAAAGCAGGGAAAUUUAAACCUUCACACAAGAACACACACUGGAGAGAAACCUUAUGCCUGCACAUUUUGUGGUAAAAGGUACACCCAUAAGGCAGGUUUAAACUAUCACUUAAGCACACACACCGGAGAGAAGCCUUAUGCCUGCACACAUUGUGAUAAAAAAUACUGCACGAAGGCAAAAUUAAACAGACACACAAGAACACACACUGGAGUGAAGCCUUUUGCCUGCGCACUUUGUGGUAAAAGAUUCACCCGUAAGGAUGAUUUAAACAUUCACACAAGAAUACACACCGGAGAGAAUCCUUAUGCCUGCACACUUUGUGAUAAAAAAUUCUCCACGAAGAAAGUAUUAAACAUUCACACAAGAACACACACUGGAGAGAAGCCUUUUGGCUGCACACUUUGUGGUAAAAGGUUCACAAAGCAGGGAAAUUUAAACAUUCACACAAGAACACACACUGGAGAGAAACCUUAUGCCUGCACAUUUUGUGGAAAAAGAUACACCCAUAAGGGAGGUUUAAACUAUCACAUAAGCACACACACCGGAGAGAAGCCUUAUGCCUGCACACUUUGUGAUAAAAAAUACUCCACGAAGGUAAAAGUAAACAUACACACAAGAACACACACUGGAGUGAAGCCUUUUGCCUGCGCACUUUGUGGUAAAAGAUUCACCCGUAAGGAUGAUUUAAACAUUCACACAAGAACACACACAGGAGAGAAGCCUUUUGCUUGCUCACUUUGCGGUAAACGAUUUGCACAGAAAGGACAUUUAGUAAGCCACGCAAGUAGCCACACUGAGAAAAAACCUUUGAAUUCUAGCGUGUGACAAAAUAUUCUGAUUCCUGCAUUUACAAUGGAAAAAGCAUUUCAAUUUCAUUAUUCUGUUUCUCACGAGCCUCUUUUGAAAAAGUUGUUCAUGAUUUUUCAGGUGCUGUUUUGUUUUUACAACUAUCCAAUUCAUAUAUGGCGGAACACACAGACAAGGUUGAAGUGGCAGCUACUGCUCUUGCACCCCUCUUUAAAAUAAACUGCUGUAUUUUAAGCCAAAACAACUGUUGUGUUUCAUAGAACAAUAUGUCUAUAUGCUGCCAUAGCAGAAUCAUGGCGCAUUAAGCCCCCGAACUAUUUUUAAUAUGUCCGUUUUACCCUGGAAACCCCCGUUUACAGAUGUCGUGCAACCGCUUUUGUUUCAACCCAGCCAAAAAAAGAAGGCAGGUAAGUAGAUUUAUCAUACGAAAUGUGUGUCAUUUUUAGCUAAGAAUCAUUAAUUGAUGUCUAAUAUUUAAAUAUUUUAUUUCCAUACUCCUUGAAUUGAGAUUCAGGGAGAUUAACUCUUUAACUGUGUUUUUUAACUGUGCCAGUUUGUUAAAGCGUGCUGAUUUUACCAAAAUGAAAAAGUUACAGUACAUCAAUAUUAAGAUACACAUUACU